AUGGGGACAAUUCAGCCUGCUAUGCCUGCCAUUGAGCUGCAGACCGCAGGUGCGGCUUCUGCAGUGGCAAUGGAUCCAUUUGGGUCAAUUGCUGUGGGUGCUAUUUCUUUUGGGGAGGUAUCUGUUUCCUUGGGCUUCCACCUGCUCCUGGUGACCAAAGACAGGAUUUGGUGCGGAGAAUAUGUAGAUUUGUUUACCCUCCUUUAUUGGGAGCAGCCUAAAAAAGAUAGGGAGAAAGAUGGAGAAGUAGAGCCUGAAAAGCCUAAGCGUAAGAAGGUUGACCAGACAUGGCACAAUUGGUUGCCAGCUUACCUGAUCUACGUGGGCGUGGUGAUGGAGAAGCAGCCACUAAAGGGGCCCCUUCUGGUGAAAUACUUAGAUAUAAUAUACAGGGCCUAUAUCAAGUUUUCUGUCCUGGCAUGGCUGUCUUAUGAUGAGGUCUUUUGUAUGCGGGUGGCAUUUGACAAGGCACUCCCACGGGACAGAAAGAAGCCGGAGUUUUGGCUGCAGUUCAUAGCAGCAGCCCGUGCCAUGACUGGGGACAGGACCGACAGUGGGCACUUACUAAGCAGGCAGUCGACUGCAACCUUGCCCCGCGGGAAUGAGGGCAUAGUGACUGAGAACUACCAACACAUCCUGGCUUUGGCAUUUGCUGUAAAUGAGAUCAAUAAAAAUCCCCAGAUUUUACCCAAUAUCACACUGGGAUUCAAUAUAUAUAACAACUAUUUGCAUCCAAGGUGGACCUAUCCUGCUGCAAUGCAGUUUCUUUCUCCAAAAAACAGACUUCUUCCCAAUUUCAUGUGUGGCAUCCAGGAACAUUUACUGGCCAUCACUGAGGAUAUUACCACUGACACCUUCCACCACAUAACAAACGUUUUUGGUAUCUACAAGAUCCCUCAGCUCAUAUAUGAUGCUGCUUCAGUGAUAACAGAUAACACGGAAGUCCCUUUCUUUUACCACAUGGUUCCAAAUAGAUUCCACCAGUUCAUGGGGAUUCUCAGAUUACUUGAACAUUUCCAGUGGAGAUGGAUUGGAUUCUUUGCUGCAAAUGGGAUGAGUUUAUCAUGGUUCAUACAGAAAAUGGUUCCAUUAUUUACAAAGAGUGACAUUUGUUUUGCUUUCUUGGAAUCUUUCACCAGUUUUGAAUAUGAUGAUAAGAAGGAAAACUUUGACAGAAGUGGAAUGUAUUUGUCUGGUAAGAUCCUGAACAGCACGGCCAAUGUCUUGGUCUUCCAUGGAGAAGCUCGGACCAUGUUAUUUUUGAGAUUUAUUCUAAGUGAAAGAAUCAAGCCUGCAAUACAAAAUCCUAAUGGUAAAGUCUGGAUUCUAACAGUUGGAAUGGAGUUAAAAACCUACUUCAGCCAAAAUGACUGGGAUAUACAAGAUUUCUCUGGUGCUUUAUCAUUUGCACUUCACUCCAGUGAACUUCAAGGAUUCCAACAAUUUGUUCAGAGGCGAAACCCUUCUAAUGCCAAAGGAGACACUUUUAUCACAGACUUCUGGUCUGGACAAUUUGGUUGUACAUUCCAUGAUUCCCUUCUGGGCAAUGGGAGUGGGGAUAUCUGCACUGGAAAGGAGAAUCUGGAGAGCCUUCCUGAGCAUGUCUUCCCAAUGAGUGUAAAAGGUCAGAGCUACAGCAUCUACAAUAGUGUCUAUCUUGUGGCCUAUGCUUUAUAUGCCAUGCACUCAUCUGCUUCCAAAAGCAAGGCAAUGAUGAAGGGAGAAAGAAGGAAGCUUUAUAAUCACAAGCCGUGGCAGUUCUACCACUUUCUGAAAUCUGUAUCAUUUAACAACAGUGCUGGGGAGAAGGUUUUCUUUGACCAGAAUGGGGAGCUUGUUCAAGGAUUUGACAUUUUAAAUUUGGUGACAUUUCCAAAUAAAUCCUUCAUUAAAGUGAAAGUUGGAAGGAUGGAUCCUCGGGCUCCUCCUAAUGAAGCACUGAGCAUCAAUGAGAGUGCCAUAGUAUGGCACAACUGGUUUAAUCAGACACAACCUGUUGCUUUGUGCAAUGCCAAGUGCCAACCUGGUUACAGGAAGAAAGGGAGGGAGGGGAAUCCCUUCUGCUGCUAUGAUUGCAUUCCAUGUCCAAAAGGGUGGAUAUCUGGCCAUGAAGAUAUGCCUAUGUGUUCCAAAUGCCCAGAUGAACAAUAUGCAAGCAUGGACCAGAAUUCAUGCAUUCCCAAGACUGUCACCUUCUUGUCCUAUGAAGAACCUUUGGGUGCCAGCUUAGCCAUGGGUGCUCUUUCAUUUUCUUUCAUCACCACUCUGGUACUACGAACAUUUAUGAAGCAUCACAACACUCCCAUAGUCAAAGCCAAUAACCGGGACCUUACCUACACUCUUCUUAUCUCCCUUCUGUUCUGCUUCCUUUCUGCACUGCUCUUCAUUGGGCAACCUGAGAAAGUGACAUGUUUCCUCCGCCAAACUGCCUUUGGUAUUGUCUUCACAAUGGCUGUGUCUUCUGUGUUGGCAAAAACCAUCACUGUGGUUGUAGCUUUCAUGGCCACCCAACCAGGAUCCAGGAUCAGAAAGUGGGUUGGAAAAAGUCUGGCUAGCUCCAUUGUUCUUUCUUGCUCCAUUCUUCAAGCUGGCAUUUGCCUUGUGUGGCUGGCAACCUCUCCCCCAUUCCCAGAUGCUGACACACAUUCAAUGACUGAAGAAAUUGUCCUGCAGUGUAAUGAGUCAUCCCCUAUAAUGUUUUACUGUGUCCUGGGCUACAUGGGCUUGCUGGCCUUUCUCAGCUUUGCUGUGGCUUUUGUUGCCCGCAAGUUGCCGGACAGUUUUAAUGAAGCCAAAUUUAUUGCAUUCAGCAUGUUGGUGUUUUGUGAUGUGUGGUUGUCUUUUGUUCCAACCUACUUGAGCACCAAAGGAAAAUACAUGGUAGCUGUGGAGAUCUUCUCCAUCUUGGCAUCCAGUGCUGGGUUGCUGAGUUGUAUCUUUUUCCCCAAAUGCUAUAUUAUCUUGUUGAGGCCUGAGCUGAAUAACAGGGAACAUUUAAUUAGGAGGGGAAAACACUGA